AUGUUUAAGACCGGUUUGAACGUCGCUUCCAAGAGAGGUUUCUCCUCGUCGGCCAUCAGAGCCAACGCCGUCUACGGUACCCCGAAGUCGGGCCCUUACUCCAACCUUCCGUUCAAGGUCAAGGACAGAAAGUUCAUCCCCUUUGGCCUCGUGUGGUGGGGUGUCCCCGGUUUCUUCUUCCUCUUCCCCUUCAUGUCGUCGUACUGGCAAUUGAAGAAGUCGGGCUCGUUGGACCCCGUCCCUGAGGAAUAA